AUGGGUUACAAUUCGACUAGUCAGUUGUCUGGCUCUGGUCCGACUGGCUCAGCGGACUAUAAGAACGAGUCCCUGUCGCCGGAGUCCUCAGAUCCGACAGGCGCUCUGGCCCGCGAUGGUCGUCCUCAUCGUCGUGGCUAUCAGGCCUGUCAACGCUGUCGUGAGCGGAAAGUCAAAUGCGAUCUUGGCAGUGUCGAUGCCCCUACCGAUCCUCCUUGUAAGCGUUGCUUGCGCGAGCGGCUGAGAUGCGAGUUCGCGCCAACCCGAAAGAAGCAAAAGAGGUUGGAUGGAACCGCAAGAGACAUUUCUGUCGACGAUGCCUCAGAUGGCCCAAAUACUUCUGUCCUAGGUAGUGGCUUGCCGACUUACGGCCUUACUCAGAGAACCGAGCAGUCAUCCUCACCCUUACCCCGUACAGGCGGCCUCGCUCGCGAGGCUUGGUCGCCUCUCACCGCAAAACCUACCUUGUUCUCUCAUCCUCGCGACGACUCACUUCGAGCACGCACCACCUCCACGUAUGGCAAUUCCCCGGCUACGAAGAAAGAUCUCUCCGACAUACAUCUGCAUAGUCAGAUUGCUGCGGCCAAAUUACACGCGCCCGUGGCCAAUACCCAAGAUGCCUUAGGUAUUCUCGUCGAUGCCGCCUUCUCCGACAACCACGCUUCACAGCAAAACGACAGCCCCUUCUCCGAUCGCGCUGGGCCGAAGAGGAAAAACUUUACUCUCGGUCGCAGUGGUCCUGGAGCUCCAGAUGAAGCGGGCUUCAGCCUAGAAGAGCAAGAGGAGCAGCAAGCUGGUCUCAAACUCUGGUCCGAAGUGCGUUUCGUUCGCAAUGGAUGGUUCACUGCCUGGGAAGCGAUGCAAUAUGUAGAGUACUUUUAUACACAUCUCGCGACCUUGACACCGGUGGUCUUGCCUGACUACAGAUCGUCCUCCAAACACCGUGAUCUGCUGGUCAACGAGCCGAUCCUCGCCCUUGCAGUUCUCGCGAUUGCUUCCCGUCAUAUGCCUCUUUCUGGCCAUGCUGCGAUUACUCGAUCACAUCAUAUUCAAGCCAAGCUUUGGAACAGUUUGCGCCGGCAGGUGGAGCGGCUCUUAUGGGGGCUGGAGCAAUUCGGUGGAGGUUUCGGCGGAGGCGGCAGUCCUGCGAAGAUCAGGGAGUCCAAGACUGGGCAGAUUACCUGGAGUGGGAGUUUGCGCACUUUUGGAACGAUUGAGGCUCUUCUCAUACUCACGGACUGGCAACCACAGGCUCUCCAUUUCCCAUCUAAUGAUGAUGAAACUGGUCUCCUUGACCAAAGCUUUGGCACAUCCCUGGAGUCGAAUGUCAUCCCGUCUGCACAAGAAGAAGAGCCGAGACGGACUCGGGAUUACGACAACGUGCCAUACGCAAGCUGGCUAGAACCGGUUUGGAGGUCUGAUCGGAUGUCGUGGAUGCUUCUUGGUCUCGCCCAAAGCCUUGCAUUUGAGCUCGGUGUGUUUGACACCAACCACAUCAAUUGCCUCCACGAUCACGGGCCUGGUUCUGAAUGUGCACGCAAGAGGCGCAUCAAAAAUCUAGUCCUUGUCUAUGUCGCUCAAACCAGUGGAAGGAUGGGUAUCCAGUCGUCGCUCAACGUGGAAGAGUGGGAAACUGACACAAUCUGGGACCAAACAAGUCGGAGGCAACGCCCGGGACAAGCUGACCAUCCCGUCGAUAUCAUGCAAGCCUGCUGGGUCCACAUCGCAAGAAUUCUCAACAGAGCGAAUCGUGAAAUCUUCUCUUCUCCUCAAUUCACCAGAGACCUAGCAUCAAGCGGCAUAUACAAAAGUUCCAUCAACACGUUGGCUCCCUUGCUGCAGCACUGGAAGAAUGUCUUCAACCAGUCCAAGGCUCAUAUCCAUCCGGUCAUGCAGGAUAUCCUGCUCCUGGAAUACGAAUACACCCGGCUCUACAUCAACUCCCUGGGCUUCCAAAAGGUGGUGGAAUCGUGGGUUGAAGGCGGGUCCAACAUUCGAAAAGCAACAUUGCUAAAGAUUGCGGAGGACAACAAGCCCUAUAUUGAUGAAGUCACAGACGCUGCUCUCAACAUCCUCAGCAUUGUGGUGGACGGUAUUGCUGCUAAAGGCUACCUAAGAAACGCCCCCGUUCGCGUCUACCUUCGGAGCCUAUCAGGAAUGAUGUUCACCCUGAAGCGCUUUAGCUUAGGGACCCAUGAAGCCUUGGUCCGAAAAUGCCUCCGGCAGUUAGAAAAGAUCAUUGUUGCAAUGUCCAAAGAUUACGUUGAUGACGUCCACCUCUGUUCCUCGACCUCACGACUGGUGGGACACAUUGUGCGAAACGUGAAGCAGACGUUGAUUCGCGUCCAGCAGCCGGGGACUGGAUCUGCCGGUCCCAGCCGCGAACAUUCACGCCCGCAAUCUCCCAACGGGCAUGCCUAUGCUCAUGACACUUCCAGUGAUCACCAUCACCAUGUACAGGCCAUGGACGUGAUACGGCAGAGUCCUGAGCUCUACUUGAAUGAUCCUCUAGCAGGAAUUCAAGCUAGACCUAUGGCAGAACUGGCCUCUCAGACAUUUGUGCCACCGCCUGACUGCAAUGGCAGCGGUCACGAACUAGAUCCAGCACUAGAUGACUCGAGCCUCGACCCUACCAUGGCUAACUUUUCGAUGGAUUGGUUCGCACUUCCCUUGGACAAUCUCUGGCACAAUGACGAAAACACGGUUGACCAAGGCUUGGGCGGAAUUGGUCCAACCGUGGGAACUCGAGACAUGCUGGAAGUGAUUACGAACCAAGACUACAGCCAGAUGCAGUGGAACGGCGAUCAAACAUUCGGAUUCAACAACUUGUGA